GGUGGGGCAGUCUAUCAUCCUUCGUGUCCCCCUUCUCCAUAUCAGGUUCUCUCCCCUAAACCAGUUCGCCAGUUCGCCAGUUCGCCAGUUCGCCAUUUUGAAAGCUGAGUCAAGAGCCACCAGCAGCAACCCGUCCGGACAAUUCAAUCUCAAUCUCCAACCGAGUUCAAGCCGAUCGCAACUUCGUUUCCCGUCUCUUUGCAAUUAAUCUCUUGCGUUCGCAACCGGACGAUUGAGCGCCUGGUCUUUCGUCCCCCGUCACCAACUCAUUUCUCCCCCCAAUCUUCCACAGUAUCGUCCGCCAGAGAACCUGCCAAAAAGUCAUGGGCAGGAAUAUUUCUCAUGGUCGCGGUGGCGCGGGGAACAUCUUCUCCGGCACCGGCGAAUCGCGCACCACCCCCAAGGACCUCGUCACCCCGACCAUCAAACAAGAUGUCUUUACCACCGGCCGCGGCGGCUCCGGCAACAUGAUGCAGAACGACCCGCAACAUCCCGAACUGGCGCGCGAACUGCAGGACGUCGAGACCCCGCCGUUGCGCAUGGAGGAGGCGCCGCAUCAUACCGGACGAGGCGGUGUCGCAAACGCAUAUUUCCCCACCCCUGAAGAAGAGAAGCGCAUGCGCGAACAAGGCGAGGCGCAGUUGGCGCGCGUCAAGACCCAAGAGGCCCAACUGGCCCGCGUGAGAACCCAGUCCAAAGAUCGCCGGAAGGAUCUCGAGCACACGGCCGGGGCGGCGGCGGUGGCCUCGGGCGCUCUCAGCGGUAGCGAGAGUCGCCCGGCCAGCGAGGAGCGACAACCCUCGUCCAGUUGACUAGCACACGUUUGGAGUUGAUUCACUCAAAACUCGAUAUGCUUUUUUUUUUCGUUGGCAGUCGGUACUUGGCAACUACUGGCGGACGAGGGCGCUGUGGGACAGGUAUGGAAGCGUCCGACACGGAACGCUCCUAAUUCUCCUUGUCCCCGGUCGGGUUUU